CAACAGUUGCUAGACUGCAGAAGCUGUGUCAGUAACAGGUGACCGUUUUGUGCACAAUAUCUAACGUUUACCAACUUUACCAACUGAAAGUAAUAGGACGAACAUUUAUAGAGAAGUGAUGGCUGGAAAAGGCGGUGUGGCGAAACUGGACGUCGGUGUGUUGAGCGCCGAGCAGCAGGAGAAACUGCGACAAUUCAAGAUCAAGACGAGAAUCGACAACGAGAAGUAUUUGAGGUCGCAUCCAGAAGUGGAGGUAGUGAUAGGCGACUUUCUAAGAGAUGUGCUUCUUAAGAGGCCCGCUGACGUCCGUGAGUUUGCUGCAGAUCACUUCACCAACCCAGACCUUAAUGCGGUUAUUGGCUCCAAAAUGGAAGGAAACAGUGACAUGCAGUGAAACAGGCCCAGCAGUCAUGGUGCUUCUCUUUUGUGCACUUUCUCUGUACAGAGCAAUAUGUAUGGAUUCUAUUUUAGUAACAACAAAGGCACGGAUAAGUUCGUCAGUCCACAAAUUGUUAGGUUGAUAGCGUUAUUGUCGGAUUGCUAUCGUGCAAAUUCCGGAAGCCAGCUGAUAGGGGAAAUGGUAACAGCCAUCCUUAAUGAGUGUGAUUAAAGGUUAAUGAGAAGAGGAUGUCCUGUGGGUAUUACGCAUACAGUAACCUGUGCUGUUUGUCACAUCGACAGCAUGAUUUUGAAGAGAUAAACUCAACGCUGGAAUUGGUGUUUACUCCUUGCAACUACCCUUUGCACCGGAACUGUGUGGGCCCAGUUGUUGAGCGGACACACUGUAGUCUGCACUGAUCUGGACUCAACUACAUGGACAAAUCAAGAUAUAAAAUUGACUUCACUUAUUUAUUUUAUGAAGCAGCUUUGUGGUCCAGUGUCAUCUCUUCUGUCCUUGGCGUCAUUUUGUUAUCUCUGUUUUGGUGCCAUUGUGAAAUUGGAUUCACAUUUGUGUGGCAAAUAAAAAUUAUAAAUUGGAAGAACCGCACUUAAUAAUAAAACUGAAGUUUUCAGACACACAUUCAAAGAAGUGUAAAUGUCAUGAAUGAGGACCAUACAUCUCGUGGAGUAGGUUUACUGACUUUAAAAGUGGGGUUUCCACAUUGAACUCUUUACUGCUUACAUUGGAUUUAGCACAAGAACUGAGAACCAAGAACUUAACCUUCAUUGUUACCUCUCUGUAUUCAAGAGCUGCAGUUUUCUGUUUGCCGAGCUUUUAACUGUGUUUAUCCACCCUUGUUUGUUGUGGCUAAGUAAUUCCAUUUGGAUAAUGCAGCUCUGUGUUGGGUUGCGGUGCGUUGGUUAUAUCAGCCCCGUCUCUUCCAGCUGUCAUUUGAAAUGAUGUAUAAUUUGAGGAAUAAUGAUAGCAUCCUCAUAGAACAACUACUCAUCCAAUCAAGAGUCCAAACUCCCUAAUGAUCUAUUGUUAACUCAGCAUUGUGUCUCAAGCAUGUUAUUUCCAAGUCUGCAUCUUAUUUAUGAAACAAUUAGAAUAAAAGAUGUAGUUUUAUGUAUGAUGAGAAUCCUUUAACCGUUUUUAUAGGAUUUGCCCGACAAUGUUUAUUUCAUGGUUGACAUCAGAAUGCAUCAAUUAAA